UCAGUGAGGUGUGACCACAGGCAUUGUGUAUUUGAAUUUCACACUGGCGGAUUGAAGCGGGGAGAGAGAGAGAGGAGGCAGAAACUCUAUUUCUCACACAAGAAAGAGGAUACCCACAGCAUUGCAGCAGAGGGCAAGGGGAAUUUCAUUUCAAAUAUCAUUACUAGCGGAGUGAACCAAAGACCAAUUAUUACUGUCAAAAUCCCCCUGGUGAAUUUACAAAUGAUGGAAGACUGCUUAUGACUACAGUUUAUUUUAGUUUAUUUAUUUAUAGCAAGGACACAAUGCUUGAUCAAUGCUAUAUGUUGAUGAUUGUUCUAUGGUGUUCACUAUUGGGGACCUCUGUUCCUGAACCUGAGGUGCAAAAUGUGGUGGCACACACUUCACCACCACCCCCAGACCCAGUUCCUCCUCAACAGUCUUCCACCUUGAAGCUUGGCACCUUCUCUAGACCAUCUUGGGUGCCUACAGACCUUACAGUAGCAUCUAAAACACCCUCAUUCCUUUUAUUACCCUUCAGUCUGUCAGUUGAUCUUCAGCAUAAAAACAGGAAUUUUCAAUCUUCCCGACCAAGUACAGAGGCCAUGAGUACAAAUCUUCGGCCUCCACCAAUCCAACCAUUAUUCAAAAGAAAACAAGUCAGAAACAUUCAAACCGAAAGACCCAUGGAAACAGGGAAUACACCAAGAAAUAAUGCAAUUGAUUUUGCAAGACCUAGCACUGUGUCGCUGCCCUCCGAAACUGUGAUACCGUCGAUGUUUACUUCUGUCAAGACUGGAACAGGAAGCAGCCUUCUAACUUACCCAAAGGAACUUCCUCCUGACCAAACUACUUUGCCUAUUUACAGUUUCACAAGCAACCAAGAAAAAACAUAUACAACUAAGGAACAAACACUGAAUAAAAGGCCUUUUACGACAACCAAAAAUAGUAAUACUCCUCUACCUACCUCUGAUAUCUUGAUCUUGGAGACAACUGAGCUUUUUACUCUAUCACAAUCCCCCAAAUCAUUCAACCUUGAAUUGCCAACACCAGGGUCAGUCACAGUUGAAAAUGUGAGGUUGGAAUCAACUGGAUUACCCAUUAGCCAGGAUCAGGAACCAACUACUGUGAAUAAACCAAAUACUGAAUUGAAGUUAAUAGAGGGUAAAUUGGACAAAAGUACUGACAAAGAGGACAUGGGAGUGCUCCCUACAGUUGCCAAUGAAGUUGUUAAUGAAAGUAAAAUACAACAUCAAGAUGUUUCCCAAAAACCAACGUUUUCUGAGACACUGGGAACCGAAACUUUACACACAACCUUAUCUUACUUAGACAGUGGGUUUGACAGCGAGGACCUAGCAGCCAUCAACCCUACAGAGAGUGCACAGGACCGCCUGAUAGCUGCCACCCAUUCCCCUUCAAAAAUCUCCGAUCCAGAGACAGCAGGUACAUAUUCUCAUCAGGAUUGGUCUUCAGAGACAGUGAACGUUGAUCCACCAGCUUUGUCUGACUGCAACCAAGAUAGAACUGGGGGUUGUGAUUCCUCAGAUACCUGGAGUUCUACUGUGCCAGAUGAUGAGGAUCCAGAAAAUGAAUCCUACAACCUGUUUCUACUUCCCCCAAUGUUUGUUCCUCUCCAUGCAGAUUGGAACAGUGCAAUGGCAACAUGGGGUAUUGCCUGGGAAGCCCACAUCUAUGGAGUAGGGUCAUUGUUUUCUCUAGUGGUCUUCCUUUCAGCUCUAAGCCUGCUGUGUCUACCUUUUAGAUGCCCAUCAGGCUACAGUUACUUUGUGACCAUUGAUGUGUUUCUUUUGAUAACUGGUUCCAGCAGAACAUUCUCCAUGUUUUACGAUGCCUAUAACCACCAGGACAAGUUAGCUGCAACUGCAACCUUACUCCUGUAUGAAGUGCCAUUUCCUUGCCUCACCUCUGCUUUUGGAAUUGUGUUCCUGCUCCUUUCAAUGAGGUCCAGGAUGCAGUUGUCCUACUCUAUAGUUCAACAUCCAUGCUUCUUAGCCAUAGUAGUGUUCCUGCACUUUUCAUCCUCUUUAGGCUCAAUUCUGGUAGUGCAACUCUUCACUCAGCUUCCUUGGCUGUUUUUUGUGUCACAAGGAGUAUUUGUGGCCUUGACGGCCUUUAUGUCUAUUUUAUACUUCAUUUUCUACUGUUAUGUGAGAGCAGAUGCCAAGCACAUUUACCAUUUAAACAAUACUUCUCCACCAAUAGAAAGGCACAACAGAUGCCCUUUUGCAGACUUAAAGGAUUGGGAUAAAGCAGCAAUGACGGCAGCAUUCUCUGCAUUGUUUGCACUAUUAUGUGCAGCUCUUCAGUUGUAUGCCAUGCUGCAUGCCUUGGGAUUUGGUGGAAUGGAGGUAUUCCACCCUUGGCCCUGGUGGGCCUUCCAUUUGAGCUGCAGGAUAUGCGAGGUUGGCAUGUGCCUUACCUUGGCCCUCAUUGUAAUGUAUCCUCUAUUUUGUUCUAAUAAUGCACCCCAUCGUAGCUGUUGGUCAAAGAUAUUCUGCAUGUCCCAUGGCCAUGUGACAAUGAAACCACCCAUUCUCCCAAACAACUACCAGUGGUCUUCCUCCCAGCAGGAGAAGCUGGUGAUCUGUGACACCAUCACCCGGGGUGAAAACGAAUGCCUUCCUCUGUAUACGUUAGUGGAGAACCACCUCAGCAGCAUAGAGGGCCUUGAUCUUCUAUACCAUAGUAACAGGGGGUUAUUAUCAAAAGACAUGGAGUUAAAUAUAAAGCCCAUAAAUAGCUCAAGAACCUCUUCUUUCAGCAUCCAGAUGGACAGUGACUCCACAGUAGACCUCAGGCCCCCUUCCCCUAUAAAUCUAGGACGCAGCAUCGAUGAAGCUCUUUUCAGUGAAGCCCUUUUCCCCCAAAGCCUCUUCCAGAACUCUAAGCUCUACAGCUCCAGCAACUUGUCUCUGGGUGUUAAAAACACAGCGGACAACGGAGCCUUCAAAGAGAGCCCUGCUGACCGAGGCCUCUACAGGACUUCCUCUUGUAUAGAGAUGGACUUGGUGCCGCCAUUGAAAGGUUCUAUAUCCAGUUCCAAUACAUUAAACGCAACAUUAUCUACCGAGCAAUGGCGAGGCAGCAGCACAAGCUGUCUUUACAAACUGUCCCACGACGGAUCAUCACUGGUGCUCUGCUCAAGUCCAGACAGGCUUGGCUACUCAUCCCUUGGCAGUAACCAAAUCCCAUCAAGAAACCUGUCCCACUCAAGCUUAGACCAGGAACCUCAAAUUCAAAGACUUUACCAGGCCUUGGGUUCUGCUUUCCAGGAGUCAUCAGACAAGCCCAGAGAAUCCGGUUUAGCUCUUCAAUCUGAAUUUAUAAAUGUUUGCAGACAAAUUGAUGAGCUGAGUGUUAGCAGUGACACAAUAGACUUGUAGGACAGUGAUAUAAAUCCUCCUGACCCAGCAUUGUAAAUCUAAAAGAGGUUUUCAUUUAAAAAAAAAGUUUUAAUACCACAAAGAAUAAUGUGCAACCCUAAAAUAUGAUUCUAUCAAUUUGUUUUUGAUUAACUAACAAAUGAUUUGUAUAAAAUGAGGAAUCACUGGAGUAAAAUGUGUUUUAUUUUUUAAUCCAUUUAUCUAAAAAGGCGCCCUUCAAGAUCACCCAAAACAAUUCACCGCUAGAGAUACAUGCCUUUGAGAUCAGCUACUUCAGUUUAAGUCUUGGUUCCAGAUGUGAAGGACUUGCUUGGAUUCUCUAGUUGUGAUAUAAUAUACAAUGAUACUUUCCAGGCACAAUGUCUGUGAACGUUGCCAAGUGUCAUAGACUUGACAGGCCUAAAGAGAUUUUUAUCAACAGAUUGAGGCGAUGCAAUGAGGUUAAAUGUGAAAAUAUUUUAAUACAUCUGUGGUCUUCAGAACGAUGUAGGUGCUACAGUUGGUUCCCUUAACAUUUGUUUACAAUAGCAUAUUUGCUUAAAUAAAUUAGCAUACAACAUAAGCUGUUGCCACGCAAUCUUCAUGGUGCGAUAAUGAAAAUAAAAUAAUUCAGUUGCAGAUAGGAUGCAUACGAACAUCUAAUAGGAUUUUAAAUUUGGUUUAUAUUAGGGCUGUCAGUUAAAUCGCAAUUAACCUCCGCAAUUAACGUGUACAUUUUGUGGGAGAUACUUUAACACCUUAAUCGCAAUCCUGUCUUGCCCCUCUUAACAUGCCCCUCUUAACAUGCCCCUCUUAACAUGCCGUAAUUCAUGUCCUGCGGCACCAUUUUAAUGCAUGCCAGGAUUGGAUGUGUAGUCAUCAUUUGAAUAUAAAAUUUGUCAUAGAAACACAUUAUGUAGCAAAGCACUCAAACUGAAGGUCUUGUGAAUGGGAUGUUUGUUUUUUUAAAUUCUGAUGGAUAGAAAGAGGGUUAAUUGUAGCUACUGUCGAAGUGAGUUGCAGUAUCACAGACGUGCAUCUAGUCUGCUGUACCACCUGUGUGCUAAAUAUGUUUUCAUUUCUCAAAAUGCACUAGUAUUUUUCUGCU